AUGUUUCAGAGAAAUCUCAUACAGUUUCCAAUUUUCUUGAUUAAAACAUUACUUAAUCUACAAAUCCUUUUAGCCAUUUAUAAUACAUAUCCUUAUAAACCAAUAAAAAAAUAAAAUCUUCUUGAAUAUUGUAGUUAAAUUUCUGAUCGAGUAGAAAAGAUAUCAAAAAUAUAAAAAAUAUUAAAUAGUCAAGAAAAAAAGUUUAUAUUAAAAUUUAAAGAUCCUUAUGGAAUAUUUACUUAAUAAAUUACAUAAGUUUUGAGAAGAUAUUAAUCAAAAUUCUUUGUUAAUUAAAAAGCUUAAAUUAAAUUAGUUGAUAGAAUAUUUUCAUUUAGAUCUGAUAGUUUGUAGAAUGAAUAAAUCAUGAAUUAAAUGUCUUUAUUUAUUAGAGUUUUAGAUUAAUUGAGUAAAAUUUUUAUUUUUUUAUUUAUUGAAUUAUCGUUAUCAUUAUUAAUUUUUCAAAAAAAAACAAAAAUGUUAAAGUAGAUAAAACUUAGCAAAUCAGAAUCCAAUGACUCUGUAACUUAAUCCUUUCUAGCUAAUGUUGAAAAGAACAAAUGUAUAUUUUAAUAUCUAUAAAAUUAGAAAAUAAAACCGAUACUAUAAAUAUCUAUGAUUUAAAUAGUAUUAAAUUACAAGCUGAUGUGAUUCUUAAAAACAUUGAGAACUAAAUUAAUAGUAUUUUUCAUUUAAUAGAUAGUAUGUUCUUUAUGGAAAUCUUAAAAAGGGUAACAUGUUUCCUUAAAUACAACUUAAAAUACUGGAAUAUAGUAAUCAAAAAGAUAGUGGAGUUCUUCGUUAAAUAAAAAAAUUCAAUAACCAAGACCAUUUUCAGCUUUAUCAGGAAUUGCUCCAAGGAAUAAGCUAGCUGAGUUAAAUAAAGAAAAAGAGAUAAUAGAACCAUAAUAAUAAAUAAUUGAAAAAAUUUAAUAAACAUAAAAACCUAAAAGUGCUUUAGAUUUAAAUUAAUUAUGUAAUCAAUAAUUGAUAAUGGGAAAUUUUAAAUUAGAAACAAUAUUAGGUUCUGGAUCUUUUGCUAUGGUUAGGUUGGGUAUAGAUAAAAACACAAAGGAAAAAUAUGCUAUAAAAAUAUAUGAAAAAAUUAAAUUGAAUGAUUCUCAGAAAAUGAAUAAUGUAAAAAGAGAAAUAUCUAUACUGAAAAGAAUUGAACAUUAAAACAUUAUAAAAUUGUUUUGGGCAAUUGAAGAUAAAAAAUCAGUACAUUAUAAUAAUAUAAGAUCAAUUUAGUAAUGGAAUAUAUUUCCUCGCAAUCUUUGGCUUCUUAUAUAAAGUCUAAGCCAAAUAGAAUUUUACCAGAAAGAGAAUGCUUAAAUUUAUUUUAUUAAAUUGCUGUGGCAAUAAAAUAUUUGCAUGAUUUGAACAUAUGCCAUCGUGAUAUCAAAUUA